GUUUUCGCUGAUGCAUACUAUUUGUGUGCUUCAAUUGCUGGGAGCCAAAAGACUUAUUCUAGAAAGAUUUGCGGAGUAUAUAAACGUACUCACUGCACAAAAUGAAUCAAUUUCAAGCAGUUAAUUACAUUGUCUUCUUUUCCCUCUGUUAACUGCUCUGAACUCUGAACUUACAAACCCCACAUCUUUGAUUGAUCGUCUGAGCAUCACCGGAUUUCCAAUUGAAAGCUUCAUCCCGCCGCACCGCCGCCGAAGAUGUGUCUCGCAAUCUUGUCCCGACGGUCCCGUUUUGACUUCUCCCUUUAUGAUGAUGAAGAACUCUAUCUGAGUGAUAAUGAUGAACAUCAAGAUGCAGACCAAGAUGAUCAAGAAGAUGAAGAUGACUUGACUAAUCGACGCUCAAUUGUGAUUCUCUGGUGUAUACGGAAGUUCCGCGACGAAAAUGGGUAUACUCCGGACAUCUGGUCCUUGGAAUUGUACGAGUUUGUCAGGAACGAAGGUAUUUUUGCAGAAUUCAGUCCGUCGGAAUUGGCCGAAUCUGUUCAAGAAAUCAAGGAUCUUUACGUUUCAAUGGCUAAUUUGAUCCAGGGUAACGGUGAAUUUCACUUUGUGAACCGCACGCAGGCUCUUAUAUUCACUUUGUGUCAUGAUCUGUGGAGGAAUCUUCAGGUUCCUGAUGUAGAAGAAAGUUAUCGUUUUGACGGUUGCUCUGAAAAUUACUGUUACGAUUCCAUGGAGGUUGAAUCAGAAAUGGGUGGCCUGAAUCAGUAUCUGCCCGGAACUGGAGAAAACAGUAGCUGCGCGGCAUUUGAAGGGAUGACGAAUACGGUUUUAGAAAUAUUGAAUGGUCUUUACUCCUUCUCUCGCGCCGGCGGUGGAGUGGUUCCCCCGCCGGCAGACUUGAAGCUCUACUGCUAUCUCCGGCGGGAGGUUUUCCCACGCCUGGAAGUGGACCUCCCGCGCCCUUACGUUGCUGACGUAAUCAUGAACUUGGAAGAAAAAUUUCAUGCUGCUACCGAAGCACCGGAGGAUCCACUGGAGAGCAUUGUCUACGAGAUGUCGAAACGGAUUUGGGGACAACCGGAAUCUGCACAAACUGGUGAUGAUGAUGUUAGUGAGAUUAUAGCUAGGGAGGUCUUUAAAACAACUAUUGUUUCGCACUAUCACUAA